AUGAAUUCCACUACAUCUACAAACAACUGCAAUAAUACAUUCGUACUCUCUCAGAAUCAAACCACUGACUGCUUAUUAGAAUCUCCUUCAUCACCUUCCACUCAUAUUUCAAACAGCAUUCACUCUCCUAAUCACACUACACAGCAACGAUUGCACAUUUAUCUCUCUCAUAAAGAUGCUACUGCUACCUUUGUUCAAACUGCAAAUGCUGUCCUGGCUGAGCAACGUCGCAACAUUGUUUCCUUGAGCCCAUUACGGAAAUAUCUGCUCAGAUCCGACGUGCUCCUCGCGAUUAUCUUUGCUAUCGGACUUGUUGGCUUUUACAUCUUUUCGCUAUUUAGCUCUGUCCCGUUUCAAUCAAGAGCAACUGGUGCUCUUUUAGAAGGUUUACUUAUCAUCACCGCUGUUGCAUUUAAUUGUUGGCUUCACGUUAGAGAAAUCAAACUCGCCUUAUUGGAAAUGUCUAGUCGUCUUCAAAACACUUUAGAGCAAGUCCGUAAAUACGGCAUCGACGAUUCACAGGAUUUUUGCUUUCCAACUACCAUUCCAACAGUCUCCAUCACUCGAGUAGUGCGUGAUGGCACGGUUCGAUUGCUUCCAUCAAAUCUACUGGUUCAAGAUGAUGUUAUCCUGCUUGCAUAUGGAGAAACUGCCCCGUGCAAAAUUCUGUUUUUAUUUGCCACAAACCAUUCUGAGCUCAUUAAAAUGGAACCUGGGCAGAUUCUUAAACCAGAUCUUUUCGGAUCAUUAUCUGAACCACGUCGUGCUCAAGAAGCUUUUGGAAUCUCUACAAAUGGCGCUUACUACUUUAAAGUCAUUGAAAGUCCCAUCAAAAGCAUAGUUUUAUCUGCACUCAAUUCUAGUCGUCCAGAAACAGUCAUUGCUCAUCAACUAAGUCUCAUCGAUACCAUCUUUCUUACCCGUGUUAUUUGGAUUACUCUUGGGUCCGCCUUUAUCGUGAAUGCACUUCGCUUUAUACUGAUUGAUCCGCAUAACAUUCAAAGCAGAGCAAACCAGGCUUACGAAAUGCUAGUAAACCUUCAAAUUUACAUUUUAUUUCCACUGAUCCCUCUAUCCUACCCGACUCUUAGUCUGAUCUCUCGUAGUUAUGGAAAUGCUCAAAUUGUCUGUCUAUUUGAAGCACUACAAAGUUCAAAAACUGCUUUUGAAGAUAAAGACGAUGUAGACGAGUUUGAUGCUGCUCCUGCUCCAACUAAAAAUGUUACUGUGUCUUGGGCUGCUAUUUGGUCCAAGUUUUUAGAUCAAAUUAUUCGAAUCGAUAUUUCGUUUCUGGCUCGUACAACUGGAUUGAUUGAAUCUCUUGCAAACACAACUGUCAUUUGCUCAAUUGAUCGGGAAGGGACAAUAUCUGCCCCACUUCCAUCGGUAGACCAAAUUUUUCUAAUUGAAGAAAGCGGAGAGCCUGUGAUUUUAGAUACCUGUGAAGAUAGAACAUUGCCAAGUGGAAUCCGCUUUGAAGAUAAAGGAUGGAUAGAAAACCUUCCUUUGCUGAAACCACUAGGACUCGGUCUAUUAUUAAUGACGGAUUGCGGCAUUCAUGCUGGUAGACGGAGGAUCGACAGUCAUCUCAAUACUCAAAAAAUCCGCAUUCAUGGUUGUAUAUGCUCUGCUCGACAAACAUGUCUUUGUCGUGUUGGAACUGAAAUUGGCUUUACAAAGGAUGCAGUAGACCAAUUUGUAAAAAAAGCUUCCAUUGAACUAUUUGCACCAAAUCAUGCCAGCAUCGGUCAAUGCACAUCCGACUAUCACUUAGAAAUCCCAAGCAUGAUAUCCCACAUAUUUCAUGACAACACAUCUGGGUCGUUUCAACUUUUUUCUGAAGGAAAUGCAGCUCUUAUUUUAGAAUCAUGUGGCGAUUUUUGGAACGGCCACAGCUUGAGCCAAAUGACCGAAACAGUUGAACAAAAAAUUUGGGAAUUUUAUCAAAAUGCCAUUAUUAGUGAUUUGCAAGUUGUGGCAUUUGCUUAUCGUCCUAUUCAUUAUCCGUCUAAAGCACUGAGUCAGGGAACUUCUCCUACAACACCGAUUUAUUUGGAACUCUCGGAAGCAGAUAGUUAUUUGAACCAAGACAUACCGCAUCUACAGGAUUUUUCAGCCUCUUCCAAUAUAGACGAUACAGCAGCUAUUAAAUCUAUUCAAGAAGCUAAUGAUUUAGACAUAAACAAAAGUUUAGAGGCGGUAUCAAAUCCACUAUUUUCACGAACCUGUAAACGGAAAGCCAGGGAUCGUACAAUUAGUAAGAUUGAUGCUUCAGCGGAAAAUGAGGUGAUUGAUGGUGACGAGUUUUAUCAAGAAGCGAUAAAAGGACAGACUUUUCUUGCAAUGGCAUCGGUUGAAUUUACUGCAAAACCGAAUGUGGUGGAUGUGAUUGAGGAUCUUGGUCUCGCGGGCAUUCGCUUUGUUUAUUUUUCAUCAGCCCCAGAACGGGAAAGUAAAGCAUACGCAGAACAUCUUGGAUUGGAAAUUGAUUGGAACUGCUGCAUUAUACUUUCACCAGAAGGCGUUGGGCCAGGUUACUCUGCCAUUCAUGACAUGAAGGCUCGGCUUCCAAAAGGCGUUAAUAACAUUCGAUCACACAUAAUGAAUGUUGAUGAUGUGCCUUUGCAUGUAUCUCUUUUUGCAGAAUGCCAACCUCAUUCUAUUCGAGAAAUGGUGCGAAUUUUCCAAGAACAUGGCGAAGUCGUGUGCUGUAUUGGAUCUUCUUUGAAUGACUUGAAUGUGGAAUGUUUUGCAAUUGCAGAUAUUAGUAUAGCAGUUGAUCCACUCAACUUUCAAAGUCAUCAACAUGGACCACAAAUUGGACCAUUAUCUCCUUUGGUUGUGGCUGCUAGCUUCAAUUCGAGUCCUUGUGCACUUACUUUGAAUGUAGAUACCAGUUUGUAUAGUAUUACUCAAAUCAUUCGUGAAGCGCGUACGUUGGCAACAAAUGCUCGACAGGGCUUCAUAUUUUAUAUGGGAUGUCAAGCAACACUUUCUUGUGUGCAGUUUCUCUCCUUUUGUUUGCUCUUGCCACCUAUUUUUUCUGGAUAUCAUUUGAUCUACUUUGCAUGGCUAUUACUGCCUCUCAUAUCAAUUUCGUUUCUUUUUUCGCCUCACUUGCCAGAUGUUAUGACCAACAUGCCAGUUAAAAACGCCGAGCAUUUGAGAGAUUUGUGGCGAUUUAUUUGGUACUGCAUUGUGAGAUUUACUAUCUUUCCAUCAAUCAUUUGUGUAUUUGUUUUUGCAUUAGUCUUGGGAGAGAUACAUGACUCUAAAAAUGGCUUUGAAUUAUCGAAUAAUUAUAUGGGAGUGCCUUGGAAUAACUAUACUCAAAUGGAUCAAAGUGCUUUGCUUUUUGCCCAAAACUAUACAUUAUGUGUUUAUGUGUUGUACAUGGUGGGUAUUUCUUCUACGUACCUUUGUCGUGUAAAGUCUAUUUUUGAGCGACCUCCAUAUAUGCAUCCUGUAUGGUGUUUUUCAGCCAUUCUUUCGUAA